UUAAUUAAUAUAUAUGAAAUUUAAACUGGUUUUAAGUCUCUUAACUGUAAUCAACAUUCAAAACGAUAUGAUGCAAAAAAUUUGUAUCUGCACACUAAAAUAAAUUAUGGAUUUAGCAGAUCAAAUCGAUGAUUAUAUUUGUACAUUUGAAGGAAUUGGUGAUUUAACAAUGGACUCAUUAGCAAUUUUCAUAUUUAUAUGGGCCGUAUUGGCUCUAUUCUCUGUAUGGCUGUGUAAAUAUUUCUACAAUAAAUAUAUGUUAAAAAAUAAAACGACGGGAAGUCAAAGUAAUAGUCGACAAAGUAGUGUAGCGCCCGGUGGUGCUAAAAACGAUAAAACACGUUUAUCCGAACCGAGAGAAUUAUUAGCUACAAAAUCUGAUAUUAAGGAUCUUCUAAGUAAACCUGCCGCUGGUGGUGCACGUGGUCGUUCUACAGCUUCACCUGCUUCAAGUGCUGGAGGUGCAGUUGGUGGUGGUGCACGUAGACGUGUUGUACGUCAAAGUUCUACUGGGCCUGAAAGUCGCAAAAAACGUUAUGUACCGCCACCAUCCAAUGUUGUUGGAAAAGAAACUGUUUCCGUUACAUGGACCAGUCAAGUAUUUCGUUGGCUUUAUAGCGAUUUAGUUAUUGUGAAUGAAUUACUCAUCUCAUGGGUCAUUGCGCUUAACGAUACACUCAGAAAAUCAGCGGGUGAGCAAGGUGUUACAGUAGAGGUUGUACGUGUUUUACCAGACAGUCCAGCACCUGGUCUUAAUAAUAUUUUCUGUGAUUGCAAUGAGAAUAAUCCAUCAGAUAUGCUCAUCGCAUUUGAUUGUGAUGCCAUGCCAGUGUUACAGGUCAAAACCUUCCGUCAAAAAUCGGGCAAAUUGGAGACAUCCCAUUAUAAGGUGACCGUAUCACGUUUUCGUGCACGCAUGACAACUGCCAUGAACUAUAACUCAUUAAAGGGUGAUAUGCGUGUCGAUGGUUAUCCGGAUGUACGCAUUGCAAUGAAUAGUGUUGGGGCUAUUAAGCCAAUGGAUCAGGAUGAGCAACAGUUACAGGAAGUUAUUAGUGACAUGUUAACAAGAGCAUUGCGUGACACUAUUUAUCCUGUUGACUUUUCUAUGUACUCAACAUGCCCACGUGCCGAAAUCGAUCCAAUGGAUUUGUCUGUAAUGUAUCCCAUGCAUUACGAUGCACUAGCGCACAACAUGGAUGGUUUGAAUGCCAGUGGCACCUACCAACAACAAAUGAUUUCUGGUCGACGCUUACUUGUAAAAAUUGUUAAAGGCGAUGGUCUUAAGGAUGCUAAAGAUCCAUAUGUGGUAGUUGAAAUGGAUGAACCAGCACAGAAGAAUCAAACCGGUACACGUCAAGGCAUAAGCCCUUACUGGGAUGAACACUUUUUGUUCGAAUUGGCGCCACAAUCUGCUGAGAUACUCUUUGAAGUUUAUGAUCGACCAGUAAAUGUUAAUGAUCAACCUAAAUUUUUGGGUCUUGGUUUGGUUGGUAUUGAUGAAUUGGCUGUGGGGCCUGCAUCUACACAGGUGCUAUCGUUACAACCACGACCAUAUGAAACUCAACCUGUAUUUGGUAAUAUCACUGUCGACUUCGUUUUCAUUGAGGGUGCAGAAAUACCCGUUGGUUCAAAAUCACAUAAUGUUAAAGAAGCUUUACGUUUAAAUUCGCCGCUCAUUAAUGAGCAAAUUAAAAAUGGUGCUGCUUUAGCUGAUGCUGCUGUACGUGCCUUACAGGAUGGUUCACUCUCAUCCACUAACGGACAACCCAGUAAAAGUACAUUAAUUAUUCAUAGUGUUCAAAGGAAUCAAAAUAAUUUAAAUCCAUUCAAGGUUGAAAUGAAUAAAGAAGGACAAAUCCAAGUCAGAGAAUCUCCUGACGAACUUAAUUCAGCAGUAUCGAAAGCCUUUGAGAGCUCCUAUAAUGAAACAAGUGAAUCCUUACCAACCGCUAAUACUACAGCAGAAAUAGAACAAUUAUUGAAAGAUACUUCGGAGACAACAGAUGCUACUGAUGCUACCGCUAGUCCUACUGAUUCCUAUCCGACAAAUGAUGUUUUCCUAAAUGACUCUUCAGGUAAUGGUAAUGCACCGGCCGAGACUUCUAUUGAUGAGCCUUUCGGACGUCCCAAUGCUGCUUCUUCACCCAAUGGAAAUCACAAUGAUUAUCAGUUUACUGGUGGUACUGGACAAAUUGGUUAUAAUGGUACAUCGGCACAAUAUAAUAAUGGCAGAGGUUACAACAGUAAUACUACAAAUAGUUUACCUAGAAAUGGUGCACAUAUGAUGACAAAUAAUUUGGAUUCAUUGGUGGAUGAUCGUGGACGCAGUAAAAAACGUAAUUUCUUUGGAACCCUAAAAAAACGUUUAAGUCGAUCCAAGACACGUCCCCUAUCAGCUGAUCAUGGCGCUUUGUCGCCACAAAAUAUUAAUAACGGUACUACCCCAACGGGAACACUUAACGGUAGUUCAUCACGUUCAUUAUCUGUUGAUCGUGCUGUAAUUUCAAAAAGCAAUUCACUUGGACCCCGCAUGGGUGCAUCUACACUUGAUCACUCAAGACGAUCUUCACUUUCAGAAUCCUCAGCAAUCUCAGGGUUUUCAUCGGCCAGCAAUAAAACUUAUGUACAUGAAGCAUCAACUUUGGUGCUGGAAACCAUCGAAAAUGGUAUUAAACGGCAUUUUAUAGUUCCCCUCGCAAUAGCACAGCGUCCAAGAUGGCGUCGUAAGGGUACAAAACUGCACAUAUAUAACGAUCACACAUUUAUUGCCAAGCAUUUGAGUGGAAGUGGCUUACAAUGUUCAAUUUGCAUGAAAUCUAUACCUCGACGUCCUGGAAAACAGGGUUACGAAUGUCGUGACUGUCAUCUGAUUUGUCACAAGCAAUGUCACAUUCGUGCGCCGCAAUCAUGUCCAAAUCCUACAGUGCUCUCCAUGGAAUUAACGAAACUUAACUCAGCCGCCGCAGACAGAAGCAUCCGUAAAUUGUGAGACGUCCUGGAUUGCAAAUCAAAACAUAAUAAAAAUAGUUAAUAAUUUUUUAAAAAAAUCUUUUAAAAAUCUCAGCUUAAAUAUUUAUUAAAUCAAACAAAAUAAAACCUUCAUAUAUCACCGACAACUUUUCGCUACAUUGAGAAAAAUAAUUGAUAAUAACUCGCAAUAUCUAAGGGAAGCAGAUUUUUUUUCUACUUAAUCGUUUUAAUAUUUUUGUUAAUUAUUUAGUCAUUUCUAUAAUAAUUUUUGUAUUAAUUUUGUGCAAUUAACUACAAUAAGACAUAAUAAUUCUUUUUAUUCAAUUAAUAUUUAUAUAAAAAAUAUUUAUGUAUUUCUGUCAAAAUAUGUUGUACACUGUAAAAAUUAAAU